UGUCAAUGCCAUGAACAAGGGAAACGGUGCACUGUCGGUCAAAAAGGGAAUACCGGCUUGGUAAAUGGCGAAAACCUACGAUUAUCUGUUCAAACUCUUGCUCAUAGGGGACAGUGGAGUGGGAAAGACAUGUCUCCUGUUCAGAUUCAGCGAGGACGCGUUCAACACCACCUUCAUCUCCACAAUCGGUAUUGAUUUCAAAAUCAGAACUGUUGAGCUCAAUGGGAAGAAAAUCAAGCUGCAGAUAUGGGACACAGCAGGACAGGAAAGAUUUCGGACUAUCACCACUGCAUACUACAGAGGCGCUAUGGGGAUUAUGUUAGUAUAUGACAUCUCCAGUGAAAAGUCAUUUGAGAAUAUAAAAAAUUGGAUCCGCAAUAUCGAGGAGCAUGCAUCAUCUGAUGUAGAGAGGAUGAUCCUCGGAAACAAAUGUGACAUGAAUGACAGGAGACAGGUGUCCAAAGAGAGAGGAGAGAAAUUGGCAAUAGAUUAUGGGAUAAAAUUUCUGGAAACAAGUGCAAAAACCAGCGUAAAUGUGGAGGAGGCCUUUUUCACCCUAGCCAGAGACAUCAUGGCCCGACUCAACAGGAAAAUGAAUGAUGGCGGUCAUGCAGAUGGUGGGGGGCCGGUGAAGAUCUCAGAAAAGCGCUCCAAAAAGCACACCAUCUUCAAAUGUUCUCUGCUGUGACUCUUCUGCAUGAGAGGAUACAUUUACAGGCUUUGUCUCGGUGGCAGCCACAAAUGCUCUUUUGGUAAAACAUAUCACAUGAGCCCAUGCAAAGAGCUGCAAUAUCAGGCCCUAGAGCUGAUGAACGUUUGUGUUUCCAAGCCCUUUUAGUCAAAAUGGAUCAGAAGAAUGAAGCAGAUUUAAAAGAUUUGGUUGGUUCAAUCCAUGGUUGACUGGAAGAAUAAGAGAUGUUUUGUUUGUUGUGUGGUGAUAAUCGUGAUCUUGAUUUUGUCAGUUCAUGUCAAAACUAAAGAUAAUGGAUAAAAAAAUGAAGGGUUUUGUAUAAAGGGAAAUGAAAAUGAAAAUGAAAAUCCUGUAAUUAUUUACUCACCCUCACGUCGUUCCAAACCUGAAUGAAUUUCUUUCUUCUAUCGAACACAAAAGGAGAAAUUUUAGCAGAAUGUCAGAGCUGCUCUCUUCCAUACAUUGAAUGUAAAUGGGGAUAUGUGGCUGUCAAGAAAAAAACUAACAACAAAAACACCUUAAAUGUGCUGUAAGCGAUUUUUUUUCAUGGAAAAGUAUGCAAAAAAUGUUCCUACUCCCUUAAAGAUAUUACUGAAAUAAGUGUCCUGAGAUAUCUCCCCGGUCUUUGUGACAGCUGUAGACUUUGUAAAAUUUAAGUCAUUAUUCACUGAAAAUCUCACCAUUCACUUUCAUUGUAUGGAA